CCUGUAUUUCUACCCACGAAGAAGAAGCAAUCGGCUCCUUCCGUCUGGCUGUUAGUUACAAAACAGCCGUUUGGCUCCAGCAGCGGCUGAUGGGAAGCUUCUGCAGCGCCGACGGUUCUGAUCCUUUCUGGGAUUGGAACAGAACCUGGAAUACCUCUAAUCCAGACGUCACUCCGUGUUUCCAAAACACCGUCCUGGUGUGCGUGCCAUGCCUCUACCUGUGGAUAUGUGCCCCCAUCUAUGUGGUCUACCUGCGCAGCCGCAACCGAGGCUACAUCUGCAUGAAUCACCUGAACAAAGCGAAGACUGUUCUGGGCUUCUUGCUGUGGAUGAUCUGCUGGUCAGAUGUCUUCUACUCUUUCUGGGAAAGGAGCAACAGCAGCAGCACCACAGCGCCGGUCCACCUCGUCAGUCCCACCUUACUGGGACUCACAAUGCUGCUGGCCACCUUCAUCAUCCAGUACGAUCGGAUCAAAGGCGUUCAGUCCUCUGGACUUCUGCUCAUCUUCUGGCUGCUGGCGCUGCUGUGCGCCUCCGUCUCCUUCAGGUCCAAGAUCCUGCAGGCGCUGGAGGAGCCUGAAACGGUGUCCGUCUGGAGGUCCACCACCUUCUACCUGUCCUACGUCCUGGUUCUGCUGUCCCUGGUUCUGUCCUGCUUCACCGACCAGCCGCCGCUCUUCAGUCAGGCGGUCAAAGACACGAACCCGUGUCCUGAACCCGGAGCCUCCUUCCUCUCCAGGAUCACCUUCUGGUGGAUCACAGGGUUGAUGAUGGUUGGGUACAGACGCCCCCUGGAGGAGAAGGAUCUUUGGUCUCUGAAUCUAGAGGACCGCUCUCACAGCGUGGUGCCACAUCUGGUGCGUCGCUGGAACUCAGAGCGUUACAAGGCCAAGAGGACAGAGCAGCAGAUGGUGUUCUCCCCUAAGAGGCCCCCCCAUGGGGAGGGCCAGCCUGUGGAAGAGUCUGAGAUCCUGCUCACCAAGUCUCCCAGAAAGAGCAAGGAAUCCUCCCUGCUCUGGGCCCUGUGCCUGACCUUCGGACCUCACUUCCUGGUCUCCUGCCUCUAUAAAAUCAUCCAGGACAUCCUGAUGUUCGUGGGACCAGAGAUCCUGAGACUGCUAAUACGCUUCGUCAACGACUCCAGCGCCCCCUCCUGGCAGGGAUUCUUUUACACCGCCCUGCUCUUUAUUUGCACCUGUGUGCAGUCGCUGAUUCUUCAGAGGUACUUCCAUGUCUGCUUUGUCUCAGGCAUGCGUCUGCGAACAGCCAUCAUCGGCGCCGUCUACAGGAAGGCCUUGGUGAUUAGUAACGCGGCACGGCGCACAUCGACGGUGGGAGAAAUUGUCAACCUGAUGUCUGUGGAUGCUCAGCGCUUCAUGGACCUGGUCACCUACAUCAACAUGGUGUGGUCUGCACCGCUGCAGGUGGUCCUGGCCCUCUACUUUCUCUGGCAGAAUUUGGGUCCAUCUGUGCUGGCAGGAGUUGCAGUGAUGGUUCUGAUGGUUCCGAUUAAUGCCGUUAUUGCCAUGAAAACUAAAACCUACCAGGUAGCCCAGAUGAAGAGCAAAGACAGCCGCAUCAAGCUGAUGAACGAGAUGCUGAACGGCAUCAAGGUGCUGAAGCUCUACGCCUGGGAACUAGCCUUCAAGGACAAGGUGUCUGAGAUCCGGGAGAGCGAGCUGCGCGUGCUGAAGAAGGCUGCUUACCUGGGCGCCAUAUCUACCUUCACCUGGGUGUGCGCUCCCUUCUUGGUCGCCCUGUCCACCUUCGCCGUUUAUGUGCUAAUCGAUGAACGGAACGUGCUGGAUGCUCAGAAGGCCUUCGUGUCACUGGCGCUGUUCAACAUCCUGCGUUUUCCUCUCAACAUGCUGCCUUUUGUCAUCAGCAGCAUUGUUCAGGUGG